UGUUUCAUUUAAUAAAAUUUAAAUUGUAUUGUAUAGGUUGUUGAUCAGCGCUCGAUUUUGGUUCUUACAUCCUGCCGAAUUAGAAGCCUCGAGUAUUGAAAAUUAAAAAAUCGAUUUUUAAAUAAUAACACCCUUAGGGGUUAGGGCCUUAGUAUUCGAUAAUCGGUUAAGCUUAUAAUUUACUGUAAUUAAUCAACAAUGUUGAGUAUAGUAUAAUUAUGUAUUGUUAAGUAACCAUCUAGUCAAUUCAUUAAAAUGAUUUUGUUAAUAAAGUCAAUAGUUUUCAUGUUGUUUGUAGCUGAAUCAUUCAGUACUACAUCAGAGGAUGGUGUUAAGUAUGCUAAUAAAUGUGAAGUUUGUAAAAUAUUAGCGGAAGAAUUAGAGGGUCGUCUACAGGAAACCGGUAAGACGAGUGAAUAUUUGGAGCUUGGUUAUUCAAUUGAUCUGCCAAAAAAGAAAAAAGAGUACAAAAAAUCGGAACUACGUUUAGUCGAAUCACUAGAUGGUCUUUGUGAAAGAAUACUUAAAUAUAAUAUUCAUAAAGAAAGGACCGAUAGUACACGAUUUGCUAAAGGAAUGAGCCAAACUUUUCAAACAUUACAUGGCCUUGUGAAUAAAGGUGUAAAAGUUGAGCUUGGAAUACCAUAUGAACUUUGGGACAAACCUUCAGUUGAAAUUACAAACAUGAAAACUCAGUGUGAAGAUUUAUUGGAAACCUACGAAUCAGAUAUAGAGCAAUGGUAUUUUAAUGAUCAAGCUGAAAGCUUAAGAAGUUAUUUAUGCAAAAACCGUGCAUUAAAGGAUUCUGAUCAAAAAUGCUUAGAUGAAGUAUCUCCAUCUAAAGGAGAUACAAGACAGAUAAAUCAAGAAUUGUAACAAAUUGAUACACGUUUGGAAGUUUGUAUAUAAAGUAAAUAUUUCAUAAACAUUAUCAUUGAAAAUACGUGUAGAAUUUAAAAUUCAUUAAUAUGACAACGUAAAUUACUUAUUUAUAAUAAUGAAUUAAGUAAAUAUGGUAAUCAGGUACUUUUUAUCUUAUUAUACCCUGUAAAUUAUUUGAAUUCACUUAAAUAUAGAACAAU